AAUAGGGCUGCAUUCAGUCAGUGGCAGAGUGGUUUCGGGAUUUUUUGAGAAUGUAGCACCUCCACUGGCUUUAGAUGGCUGCAUUACCACAUGUAGAAAAAACAGCUUCUCUAGGAAUGCCCACAGUUUUGGAUAUUUAAUUGACCUGGGUGUGCCUGAAGGACUUUCUUUCAUUCACAAAGAGCAAGAGAAGCAAGGGCUGAAGAGGGGUGAAUACACCUGCAUCCUUGGAUAGCAACAAGUACAGGAAAAAUUUCCUAAUGUUGUGGUCACUUAAGGAAAGAAGAAGUUUAGUCACAGAGAAGAAUACAGACGAGGGUGAGCUGCAGCAUCCAUCUUUUCCCAGCUAAAGAAGACCCACCGGGCUCAGGCACUGGCGCUUUUCAGGCACUGCAGCACAUUUGACCUGUGCUGAAUGGAAAUCUCCACGCCAGGGACAAUGAGCCCAGCGGUCUUGGUACUCCUGGUGGCAGCUGAUAUCUGGCAUGGCUCAGCACUUCCCAGCAUCAGCCCUAAUGACACCACACUGGUUGUGAAAUCAGGAGAUCCAGUGCGCUUAUUUUGCUCUGGGAACUCCCGUGUGAAAUGGCUCGGCGUAACGAAUGGGUCCAAAGUGACGGUGUACGAGAAUGGCACCCUCUAUAUACCCCGGGCCACAUGCAAGGAUAUGAGACACUACCAGUGUGCCUAUGUCAGCAGAACUAAUGAGACUGCAUCUGUCUUUCUGUUGGUGAGAGAUCAUAAAUCAUUCUGGUGUGUCCGCUCCACAAAGUCCAUUAUAGUGACAGAAGGAAAAGAUGCCGUGUUCCCAUGUCUGAGCACCGACCCAGCAUUCAACGGCAGUGUUAUGCUUCGGAAAUCGAAAAAAGAGGUCCCCAUGGAAUUCUCUUUCAAUCCUCGGGAAGGGUUACGCUUGCACAAUGUAAGAAAGGCCCACGCUGACAGUUACUGGUGUUCGGCCCAGGUUGAAGGACAGUGGGUGGAUUCUCUAAAGAUCGGCCUUGUUGUUAAUGCGAUCUCCCAGCCUAUCUCCGUCACCAUCAAAACAAAAGGCAAAGUGAGAAUACAAGGAGAGCCUUUUGCUGUCGCCUGCCGAAUAAGUUACCCUAUCUCUGAGUAUAAGGUCCAGAUGAUCCAUCCUUCUACUGCAAAUUUCAGCUUGAGUGAAAACUAUACCGCCUCUGAAGGAUAUUUCACAGACUUAUUGCUGUCCAUCCCUGAAGUGCAGUUACAAGACAGUGGGGAGUAUACUUGCAUUGGAACCAGUUCUUCAGGAUCUCGUAAUUCUUCAGCUACCCUCCGGGUGAUUGAGAGUGGCUAUUUGCAUUUGGCCACCAUACAGAAUGUAAGCCAGGAGAGAAGUUUGCAUAAAAGCCUGAAACUACAGGUGCUCAUUGAGGCUUAUCCUGAACCUUCUGUGUAUAGAUGGACACACGUGAGCUCAUCAGGAAGCUCGGAGCAUUCCACAUACACUGGUCAGAUGAGUCGUGGCGACGACAACAGGUACAACAAUACACUGAAUGUGAACUGGACACUGGAAAGAAGUAGUGGAAUAUAUACCUUUUUUGCAGAUAAUGGUGCAGCCAAUGCAUCCAUUUCUUUCAACCUCUUUGUGAAAACACCACCUGAAGUUACCAUGAUGCCCAACAGCUCCAACAGCCUUCAGUGUAAAGCCAGUGGUUAUCCUGCUCCACGCAUUGAGUGGUAUAAAUUGCCCCAUGGUAGCCACAUGGAAAGAUGCCAAGAGGGUGGAAUGCUGCAUAUGAAUGAAACCAGCCCACAGAUUGUACAUAAAACUGAUUUUGGAAGAGUGUCAGUGAAAAGUAUCCUUAAUGUUGAGGAAAUGGAGACCAAUCUGUCAUUUUGCUGCCUAGCAGUUAAUAGUGAAGGGAGUGAUUCCAGCUUCAGUACAUCACUUCAGCAUGUUAAAGGGGAAAUCGGGUACCCCAGACCACUUAUUACAGCUUUUGCAGGAACGAUGAUUUUUCUUAUUCUGUGUAUCAUCAUCUUAAUCUACAAAUACAAACAGAAACCAAAGUAUCAAGUUCACUGGAAGAUCAUUGAGGCCCAAGAAGGAAACCAUUACACCUUUAUUGAUCCUACCCAGCUUCCUUACAAUAAGAAAUGGGAAUUUCCUAGGAAUAACUUGCAGUUUGGGAAGAUCCUUGGAGCUGGAGCUUUUGGGAAGGUGGUUGAAGCCACAGCUUUUGGGCUGGGAAAGGAAGAUACUGUUACGAAGGUGGCAGUGAAAAUGCUAAAAUCAACAGCACAGACUGAUGAGCAAGAAGCCCUUAUCACAGAGCUGAAGAUCAUGAGCCAUUUAGGGUACCAUGAGAACAUUGUCAACCUGCUGGGAGCCUGUACUCAUGGAGGCCCUGUUCUUGUCAUUACGGAGUAUUGUCCUUACGGUGACUUACUGAAUUUCCUGCGAAAGAAAGUGGAGUGUCUCAUAACCCAGGAUGUAAUUUUGGAGUCUUCUCUUGAUAGCACGGCACCUGACUAUAAAAAUAUUUACCUUGGGAAGAAAUAUGUCCGAAGUGACAGUGGAUUUGGAAGCCAGUGUGUGGACAACUAUCUGGAAAUGAAACCAGUGUUAGCAAAAGGAAGGAGCUCAGUGUCAGGAGAAGAAACAGAAGACAGCCAUAUUCUCGACCUGCACGACUUGCUGCUGUUCUCCAAUCAAGUGGCUCAGGGAAUGAACUUCCUUGCCUCAAAAAAUUGCAUCCACCGUGAUUUGGCAGCAAGAAAUGUGCUUGUAGCUGAUGGACAGAUAGCCAAGAUCUGCGACUUUGGCCUGGCGAGAGACAUUAUGAAUGAUACAAACUAUGUUGUCAAAGGCAAUGCUCGCUUGCCGGUGAAAUGGAUGGCACCAGAGAGCAUCUUUGAAUGUGUUUACACGGUACAGAGUGAUGUGUGGUCCUACGGCAUCCUUCUCUGGGAGAUCUUUUCCCUAGGCCGGAGCCCUUAUCCUGGCAUGAAAGUGAACAGCAAGUUUUAUAGCAUGGUGAAGCAGGGAUAUCACAUGGGCAUGCCAGAGUUUGCUCCACCUAAAAUAUACAACCUUAUGACAGCUUGCUGGAACUUGGAGCCCACCAAGCGGCCUACCUUUAAUCAGAUUUGCACUUUCCUUCAGAAGGAGCUGGAUUCUAUCAAGGAACAGGAUUAUAAAAACUUGCCAUGUACCACAGAAGAGGACAGCGGGUGUGAGCCCUCCAGCUACUGUGAGGAUUCCUGCGAGCUGGGAGAGACCGGACAGCCCCUUUUGAACAGCAACAAUUACCAGUUCUGCUGAAGUGUGUGUGUGUUCAGGGCCUGCUUGUUUAUUCAGCUUCAGCCAAAAUGCCUACUCUAUGUGGACAUUUUGCAUCAGAAAAUGUGAUACUUUCAUCCGUAGUCAUGGGCUGUGGUCUUACCACACACUGACAGAUUCCAGAAUAUUACAAGUGGCCUGUGAUUGUAUCUUUUCCCCCAUCACAAUUCCCAACAUCAUGGCUUCCAUCUUUCCAUUGUGAUUAGUUUGGCUUAUUUAAGAAGCUCCACAAGAAUCCAUGUAGCCUCUUUGCAGAUGGGUAUAGCCUGCUAAGCAUCAGUCCUGUACACUGGCAAGCUUGUGAGGUUGAGGACCAGGAUGAGGCUUUGAGUCCAAGUGAUGUUCUGCAUGUAUCUCACUAGCCCUCAGCUUAGGUUGUUUUUUUUAAAGGCAGGCAGACUCCUUUCCUUACUCCAGAUCUAUUGUCAAUACACAAUAGUACCUAAGAAUUUAUCAGGUUAGUGAAAGGAAAAUUGACAUACCAGAUCCAGCUCAGCUAUGGUUCAGGAUUUCAUGGUGGUGUGGUUAUGAAGAGAAAGAACUAGAAUCAUUCACCAUCUGUGAAUUGCCAUUAGUUACUUCCUAGAGUGGAAAUUACCUCAGCUGGAUGAAAAAUUGUUUAAUUCACUGCAGAUAAGAAACUUCAGGCAAGAAAGUAAUAGCAAACUUUUACUCCCCUCCCACUGCUACACAGUAUAUUGAUCAAUUUAAGAUUAACUGCAUGUGUUAAACAGGUAAAUAGGAAAUAGUGAUUUUCGGUGCUGCAACCAAUCUGUUAGCUAAGAUUUAAGCAUAAACCUACCUGCUAUGAAUGUUUUACACUGCAAUCCUAAUAUAUUUACUUAGAAUUAAAUCCUAUUUAGCUCUGUGAGGUUUACUCUUAGCAGAGAAUAGGAGUGCAGUCUGAAUUACUUAAGUUUUCAUAUUUUCAACCAAUAUAGUAGUUCAGUUGAGAUUUUUUUUUUGUUUUGUUUUUUUGCACUGGAGCGGUGAAAAUGUGCCCCCAUGACACAAAUUAAUCCUCAGGAGGAUAGCUUGCUUGUCCAGAUGAGGGGGCCUUCUUUCCCUCUCCACACUCACAGCUUUUCUAUAAAGGCAGAGAAAGCGGACUUGCUCCUUCUGCCCCCUGCUGGUUAUAUACUGAGGGACGAUAAGGAUGCAUUAGCUGCCAAUCCUUUCUGGGCAACAUUCGAAUUGCUGAUGCUUCCCUUUAAGGAUCCACUUGGCUUAGUACCUGAAGGGAUCCCCUUCUAGCGCAUGAACCUUCAUAAAUUUGACUUUCCUGGUCAGAGGCCCUCUGCUGAAUCUCCCAACCAGCUCACAAUCCUCAAACUCGCAUUGUUCGGCAUGUGGUAAACCAGGAAAGAGCUUGUGGCCUUAUAUAUAAAAUGCACACCCUGAAGAAUGCCUAGCACCAGAUAUGUAUUUUCAGUGCCAGAGUCUGCUUUUUGUUUUAUUCUUUUGCUAGACUGUAUCACUCUGUCAUGUCCUACUGCAUUAUGGUUUUUAACCCAAAGUUUUCCCGUACUUAACUUGAUAUGUAAGCUGACCCAAGCAUUUUAAUAAUGGAGGGUGGCUGUUGUAGCACAUUAAUUUCUGGACUUUGAAACGGGUAAACAAACUUCAGGCAGCUUUUUGUUACAACUACUGGUGUUUGAUAUUUCUUAUGAACAAUUCUUAUAGAAGAAAAAUCAAUAUGAAUGUUUAAAAGUAUAUUGCAAAUAAGAUGAGUAAUCCUGUGUAGAUUAGCUAAUUCAUUUUUUCCUCAGUAUGUUACCAGUUUUGUCAUUCAAGUACUGUAGCAAAUACAUUUACACUGCCAAUGAUCUAAGCUGCCAUGAGAAAUGUUUUAAUGUAUAUAUUUUCAGUUUAUAUUUUCCAUAGGUAUUUUUCAAAUUAGAAACAAGAACCAAACAGCUUCAGAGGAACUGUACCUUUUUUCAAGCUACUGAUUUUUGUAUCAGUUUUACAUAAAGAUUACUAGCUUUGCUAAGCUGCCACCUUCAAAAUCUCAUAAAUGAAAAAUGAAGGUCAUGAAACUUAGUCUCAACUGACCAUGCAACAAGAUAGCAAUUACAAAAUACAUUUGUGCUGACAUAAGGAUCUGUAGCUCUUUUACUGGUAAUGCAGAACUAGCUAGUUGGACUUCUAGCACAAAGUACCACCACUCAGUUGCUGUCAGCUCCUUUUAAAUAGUUUAGCUGCUAUGUAUUUAGCAAUCAAGUGUAACAGUACUCCCAUUAUGUAUUUUACAAAUAUGUUCACCUUUAACUGCCAUGAAAAUAAAAUUAUCUGAUGAAGCAAACUAA